GAAAAUGGUUGAUUAUAGUAAAUGGAAAAAUAUUGAGAUUAGCGAUGAUGAAGAUGACACCCAUCCAAAUAUCGAUACGGCCAGUUUGUUUCGAUGGCGUCAUCAGGCUCGUGUUGAACGUAUGGAAGAAAGAAAAAAACAAAAAGAAGAAUUGGAACAAAAAAGACGUGAAGUUGUGAUGAAAAAGAAAGAAAUUGAAAAUAAAAAACAAAUUGAUUCUAAUCUAGAGGAAGAAUUGAAAAAAUUAGAAUUAGAACAAAAAGAGCUAGAAAAACGUGAACAAGAGAUUGAAAAAGCUGAACGUAAUGCACCAUGGAAUGUUGAUACAAUCAGUAAAGAAAGUUGGAGCAAAACGGUUAUAAACAAAACGAAACCACGUGAAGAUCGUUCAAAAUUGACCGAUGAAGAACUUGAACAACGAUAUAAAGAUUUCGUACAAAAAUAUGAAGAUAAAGUUAAAGAAUAUGCUAUACUUUCCAAGUUUGAUGAUGCCAAACAAUUUCUAAUGCAAAAUCCUGAUCUUGUUUGUGAAGAAUCAUCAAAUUAUCUAACAUUUUGGUGUCUGAAUCUGGAGAUUGAAGGAAAACAUGAUCUUAUGGAACAUGUUUCCAAACAGGUCAUAUCAUUGCAUUAUAUUCUUGAACUUAGUAAACAGAUGAAUAUUGAUCCACGUGGAUGUGUAUCAUCAUUUUUUACACGUAUACAACAAUCGGAUCAAACCUAUAUGGCUGCAUUUGAAGAUGAAAUCAAAUCAUUUCGGCAACGUAUCGUAAAUCGUGCAAAACAAAAGAUUGAUGAUGCUAUUAAAGAAUGUGAAGAAGAGGAACGACAAAAACGACUUGGACCAGGUGGUCUUGAUCCACAAGAGGUUUUCGAAUCAUUACCAGAAUGUUUACAAAAAUGUUUUGAAUCACGUGAUACGAAAUUGUUACAGGAAACAAUAUUAAAAAUGGAUCCAGAAGAAGCAAAAUAUCAAAUGAAACGUUGUGUUGAUUCUGGUCUUUGGAUUCCGGAUAAAAGUCUAUUGAAUGAUGAUUCUAAUGAUAAUAAGGAUAAUGAUGAUAAUAAUACUAAUGAUGAUGAUGAUAAUGAAAGAAGGUUAAUAUAG